AUGUGGCAAAAUAAGAGUGUAACUGAAUUUAUACUUCUGGGAUUGACACAGGAUCCUUUGAGGCAGAAAAUGGUAUUCAUAAUCUUCUUCAUUUUCUACACUGGAACUGUGCUUGGAAAUACACUCAUCAUUGUGACCAUUAAAUUCAGUCGGAAUCUUGAGAGUCCCAUGUACUACUUCUUAUUUUAUUUAUCCAUUGCCGAUACCUGUUUUUCAACCACCACAGCGCCUAGACUUCUUGUGGAUGCUCUCUCUGCAAAGAAAACCAUAUCCUACAAUGAAUGCAUGACACAAGUCUUUGCAAUGCAUUUGUUUGGCUGCAUGGAGAUCUUAGUCCUCAUGCUGAUGGCUGCUGAUCGCUAUGUGGCCAUCUGUAAGCCCCUGCAUUAUCCAACCAUUAUGAGAAGACAGGUCUGCGUCAUCAUGAUUAUUUUGGCCUGGAUAUGCUCCUUCAUACACGCUACAACUCAGAACGCUCUGGUCUUGAAACUACCCUUUUGUGAAUCCAAUUUAAUCGAUCAUUAUUGCUGUGACUUGCAACCUUUGCUAAAGCUUGCCUGCAUGGACACUUAUAUCAUCAAUAUACAGUUGGUGUCUAAUAGUGGGGUAGUUUGCUCAAGUGGUUUCUUGCUCCUGAUGAUCUCAUACAUUAUUAUCUUACAUUCACUGAGAAACCACAGUGCAGAAGCAAGGAGAAAAGCCCUUUCCACCUGCACCUCUCACAUCAUCGUGGUUGUCUUAUUCUUUGGUCCAUGUAUAUUCAUAUACACACGACCGCCGACCACAUAUGCCAUGGACAAGAUGGUCACGGUGUUUUAUACCAUUGGGACACCCUUUCUCAACCCACUCAUCUACACACUGAGGAACAAAGAAGUGAAAAAUGCAAUGAGAAAGUUAUGGAGUAUCAAAAUUACCUCAGAACACAUAUGA